AUGCUCGGCAUCACCUUUGAUGGGUCCACACUGCGUGCGUUUACUUUCCUCAGUGCCGUGCAUGACACCAUUUCGAACGGAAGCAGUGACCCUCCACUCCUCUCUCAGCCCAGUCUGUCCACACUAUCCACUUCACCCUCUCCCUUCGAGCCAGAACGUCCCGGAGAUACACCUUUGAAAUCAUCCACAGCUACUGCUGGGUUCACUGCACCUCCGAUUGCAUAUCAUAGCCAGAACAUGCAAUGUGCUUGCACAGACAUGUUUUCCCCUACAGCCCAAAUUAGCUCGUUCAACGCUCCGGAUUUCAACCCAGGUGAACCACUCACACUCGCUGUACGCUGUCGUAGUGCAUCCAUCUUUUCUCUCCUAUUGUCACUCGCUAAUCACUCUGUAGUAGUCAAUAUCUUAACCUGUCUAACAGGCGCAGCCUCAACCUCCACAACCUGCUCGACCCCAACCCACAUGCACACGCAAUUCGACUCACAGAGUCUGAGUGACGAUCAAAACGUGGUGACGAAGACUACGUUGAACAGCCUGAGGAUGCGUUCAUCAUUUUCCGACACGAAUCCCGCUCGCAGAAGAACCAGGCAGAGGCAGCUAGUGGUGCAGGGGUUGGGACUGUAG